CCGUGCUGCCGGACCGGCGUGCUGCCAUGUUUCUUUCUGUCCUGCGCUUUACUAAACGACGCUACGAGAGAUCUGCCGCCGCUCACGCUUGCUCUCUUUUGCGAUUUUCGUAAACUGUGCUUCCUUUCUGUGCUGCGUGAGUGCCUACAGCCAAGGGCGCACAACAUGCCCUCGUUCUGUGCAGCAUUCGGCUGCGCGAACACAGGCGUGCGAGACGAUGUGGUGUUUCACAUGUUCCCGAAGGACAAGAAGCUUGCAGCGCAGUGGGUCCGUGCGGUGAGGAGAGAUAAUUUCGUGCCGACGAAAUCAACUGUGCUGUGCUCGGACCAUUUCCGCUACAGUGAUUAUCAUCGGAGCUUGACAACGAUGCAGGCAAUCGGUUUUCCAGUUAAAUCGGCGCGACUGAAGCCUGGCGUUGUUCCGUCCAUAUUCUCCCACAAGAGAAACACCUCGCCACCUCCAAGGGCGGCCUUCGCCAAGAGGAGAAAGGGUGAGGUACUAGCAGAGCUCCUUGAGAACCAAGCCCCUGAUGAACCUGUUCCACUACCAUCACCAAUAGAAGAUUUGGAAGCAGCCAGUGUGACACAGGCAGGUGUCCAGGUUGGCAACUUCAUGGUAGAUGUUGCUACUCGGGUGAUGAAUGUGGCAGAGCCAUGUUGUGAGAGUGACAGCCUAAGUGACAGUGAACCUGCUUCUGAUUUCGACGACGAUUACAGUCCUGACAAUCCUGACAGUCGUCAUUUAUUUACCUCUGUAAAAUGCCUCUAAUUUGAGACAUCUCUUCCAGGUACUAUCUGUAAUCAGACAGUAAAGACGAAAUAUCAAGAAAUAUUAGUAGCUUUGUGGGCACCUACCAAAGCUGAAUGAUGCUUACUGGUAUGUUGUUUCAAGCUGCAAUUUUACUAGACAAUUUACGCUGAGUUUAGCAAAUGCUCCAUAUUGAUGUUUGCAUAGUAACAAUGUUAUUCGGAGGCGUAAAGAAGAUCAAGAGGUAGAAUGUAACCAGAAACCAUCGCAUUACACUGAUAACAUGAAUCAUAUACUAAACAGCUAGCCUUUGAUUGGCGAAUAAUGAAAACCGGGCUUGUCUUUUGUCUCUUCAUAAUCCUCGGCUAUCGUACGGGCAUGUAUCAGAACGUAUGCAAUUAAUAAAGGGAAAUUGAGA